GUGAUUCCUAGAAAUGGGGGUUUUGUUACUUAGAUUCUUAUACUUAUUUGUUUGUAAAAAUAUAUUGUCUGAGUCUUUUGUGUCACCUGACAAAUUAUUGCAGUACCUUCGCAAAGUAUCAGUUUUGGAUCAUCGCGUAUUUCUAAUUUAUGCAGUCCCACUAGGUCUUGCCAUUACAUGGGGUAUGGCCUUCCUUCUGACUGAAGCUGGAGUAUAUAACUAUAAAGGUUGUGAUGUGAAUGUGCCUGCCUCAAAUAUAAUAUCUGACCACUGCAGAAAGCAUGUUUCAAGGAUGAAGUACUGUCGAGUGGAUACUUCUGAUGCCUUGAGAUCGUCUCCGUGGUUUAGAUUUCCUUACCCUCUACAAUGGGGUAUGCCUGUCUUUCACUGGAAGAUGGCCCUUGUGAUGUGUGUGGUGUCUAUAAUUUCAUCAGCAGAUUCAGUGAGUCCUCAAUUUUCUCCUUUUAGUUUAUAUUGCUAUUGGUAUCUUUAUGUUAAUUUAUGCUUUUGUUUGACUAUCCAUCUCUCUUCACUACUUAGCCUCAUUAACUAGUGGAGCCACAUUAAGUUUAUCGGUGUUAUUAAACAACAUUGUACUUUAGUAAAAUAAUUUAUGCAAAACUGGAUCGACAGAAUAGACAGCAGUAGGGAGAGAACGAAGAGAGAGAAGAAUAAAAUUGGGAAAGGAAAUUGAAUAUCAAUGAAUAUAUCAAAAAUUCAAUUCAACAGUGCAAAUUUUGGAAAACCCUGAACUUUCUGCCGAUUGUCUACCUCUUUAGCUGACCUCGGAGGAUUCCAGUCUCUCAGCAAAACAAGUGAACUGCAGAACUGGACACAUCUGUUUAGCUUAACUCGUGUGGACUCCACUUGCCUAGUAGACAAAGAUUCACUUCUGUGAGAAAGGAUUAUUCAUGAGGCCCUUUCUAAUGACUUGAGCUUUAAGAUCAAGUUGUUGAACAUGGUGCACACAAAUAUUAGACUUUAAUGGAGAAAAAAAAAAGAACUCUGCCAACAAGCAAGGAAGCAUUGUUGAAGGCGAGAUUUGAAUGAUAUACACGUGUGCCCUUCUAAUAGCUUAAGUUUUUAGGUCAAGUGGUUCAAAUGGGAAUGUGGAUCUUAUACCUCUACGUGGCAUUCUCUAUGAGGUGUUUGAUCAAAUAGUUAUUAGAAAAUCAGUCAGAUAAAUUCUAAAUAUUUCUUAUUCUUUUCCCUAAAAUGUAAGUCUAGUUUGUGGGAAGUCUUCCAAGA